AUGGCAUCCAACACCCACCGCGCCGACGAGCGGCGCUUCCUCGACGAGCGCGGGUCCUCCGCAGCCCUAGCCCCAAACGGAUUGAACCCAGCAACAAUAAUGGAAAAAGCCGUACGCGAGCGCAUCAUCGAGAGCUACUUCUGGAAAGAGCAAUGUUUCGGCGUCAACGAAGCCGACAUCGUAGACCGAGUCGUCGACCACGUAUCCUUUAUCGGCGGUACCUACGGCGUAACCCAAAAACCGACUCCCUUCCUGUGCCUCGCGUUUAAACUCCUCCAACUCGCACCCGAUGAUUCCGUGCUAGAGGAAUAUUUGAGUUUUGGAGGGGAUAAGUUUAAGUACCUGCGCGCUUUGGCUUGUUUUUAUGUUAGGUUGACGAGGAGGGCGGAGAAUGUGUAUAAAACACUUGAGCCGUUUUUAGAGGAUAGGAGGAAAUUGAGACGGAAGGGACGCGCGGGGAUGAGUUUGUCGUUUGUGGAUCAGUUCGUGGAUGAUUUAUUGACGAAGGAUCGUGUUUGUGCUACGAGUUUGUGGCAGAUGCCGAAACGCGAGAUACUUGAGGAUCUGGAGCUGCUGGAGCCGAGGAUAAGCCCGCUUGGUGAUAUUGAGGAUCUACUGGAGGAGGAUGUGGAUAUGAAUGGAGACGAUGCGAAUGGUGAUGCAAGGGAGGAUAGCGAUGAUGAAGGGUUGGUGGAGGAGUUGCCGGAUAGAGGGCGUAGGAGAUCGUCUUCGGCAUCAAGCGGAAGAAGUGAAUCCGGAUCGAGAGAUCGGGAUAGACGUCCACGAGAUACUAUGGAUGUCGAUCGAAGUGAUGGCGAAGUCAGUGAUGGAAGAUAG